AUGGCCCUCAGACCAUGGAUCAGACGCCACUUCCUGUUGGCCAUCACACCUCAGCCACCGUUUUUUCCGCCGUUCCGCCCCUCUCGCCGUCUCUCUGUUUGCAUUUUCCCACCUUUCAAAUCGAUUUCGAACAGCACCAACGUGACCAAUCUCCUCUCUGCUCUUCUGGCUACUUCUAAAACCCCCGGCACUCUCUACCAACUGUGCUCUAUACUAAAGGGAAGCGGCUGUGUUGGAGAUCAAUACUUUCUUAAAGAGAUCAUGAAACCUGGAAGAUCAAGAGUUCACCUCUGGAACUUGGUAAUUAGAUUUCACUCUGCUAACGGGUUUUCAUGGAACGUGGUUCGCCUCUAUGCUUUCAUGAAGGAAUGCCAUUGUUCGCCUGAUGAGUUCACCUACCCUUUGGUUGUAAAAGCGUGCGUUGGCAUUUGGAAUCUCAGGUUGGUAGAAGCAAUCCAUUCUGAGGUUGUGAAAUCUGGGUUUAGGAGUGACUUCUUCGUGCAAACGUCGCUCGUCGAUGGGUAUUGUAAGUUUGGUGUUAUGUGGGCCGCAAGCCAAGUAUUCGACAGAAUGGUUCAGCGGGAUUUGGUUUGUUGGAACGCUUUGCUUUGUGGGUAUGCCAGAUGCGGGGACAUAAAUGCGAAUUUUGAAACUUUCAGGCAGAUAUUGUUAAUGGGGUUUAUGCCCAGUGUGAGCACGUUGGUGAGUCUGCUCCCACUGUGUGGUCGGUUGGGUGCUGUAGAGGUUGGAAAGUCUGUUCACGGUUUUGCUGUUAAAAUUGGGCUUAAUGAGAAUGAGACUUUGGUGCCUACUCUCAUUACCAUGUAUGCCAAUUCUGGACAUCUGGAGAUGUGCCGUCAGUUGUUUAAUGAGGCAAACGAGAAGGACGUUUUGGUUUGGAAUUCCAUGAUUUCUGGUUAUGCACAGAAUGAACUGCCUGCUGAAGCCUUAACUAUUUUCAGAGGAAUGAUUCGUACAAAUGUGAAACCUGACUUGGUCACUCUGGUCAGUGUAAUUCCAUCGUGUGGUAGUUUGAGCAACAAUUGUUUGUGUGAAUCACUUCAUGGUGUUGGAAUUAAGCAUGGGUUUCAGUUGAACACGUCGGUUGGAACUGCCCUUUUAUCCAUGUACGCAAAGCUUGGUGAGUUGGAUAUUGCAGAAUGUAUGUUUGACAGGAUGAUUGAAAAGAACAGGCUGACUUGGAAUGCUAUGGUUUCGGCCUAUAUUCAAAACGGUAGGCUGAAUGAGGCAUUGAAUGCCCUUAAGGGCAUGCAAGCUGCUUGUGUAAAGUUUGACACAGUGUCAUUGGUUGGUCUUGUUUCCAUAUGCACACAGCUGCAAGACUUGCACUUGGGCAAAUCUGUUCACGCAUCUAGCAUUAUAAAUGGAUGUAACUCAUACAUUAACCUGUUGAAUGCACUUCUGUCCAUGUAUGCUGACUGUGGUGAUAUUACUACUGCUGUGACAAUUUUCAAAACCAUGCCUUCUAGAAAUGUUGUCUCGUGGAACACCAUGAUGUCUGGCUACAUUCGAAAUGGAGAAUUUCUUGAAGCCUGCAAACUUUUUUGUCAAAUGCAAUUCACAGACUUCAGGUUUGACAUUGUUACUUUUAUCAAUAUUCUUCCAAUUUACCAUGCCACAGAGAACUUGCCUGAAGGGAAAUCUAUUCAUGGGUUGAUUAUCAAAGUUGGAUUUGACUCUGACACAUCCCUUGUGAAUGCACUUAUCACCAUGUAUACCAAGUGCGGUGACCUAGAAUGUGGGUUGUUGUUAUUUGAGGGCAUGACAACAAAAAGCAUUGUGUCAUGGAAUACAAUGAUGACCGGUUAUGGUAUCCAUGGCUUAUUUAAAGAGGUGAUGGCAUUGUUCAAGCAAAUGCAGUUAGAGAAGAUGAAGCCUAAUUCUGUGACUUUGCUGAAUAUUCUGCCAAUAUGCCAGUUUCACAUCCAUGGGAAGUCAAUACAUGCAUUUGCUGUUAGAGCAGGUUUUGUACACGAUGCCUCUCUCCUCACAUCUUUAAUAUGCAUGUAUGGUAGGUUUGGAAAUAUGUGUGCUUCAUCCUUACUCUAUAAGAUGGCUGAUAAGAGAAAUGUUGUGGUCUGGAACGCAAUUAUGUCUCAAUAUAUCCAGAAUGGAUAUGCUGGAACUGCCAUGACUGCUUUUAUCAACAUGAUCAAAAUAGGUACCAGACCUGAUACUGCAACAAUUUUGGCGUUGGUAUCAGCUUGUUCUCAAUUAGGUAGUCUAAAUCUUGGGAAAUGUAUAACAUCUUACACUAUUCGAAAGGGAUUCAUGGAUAAUAUUCGUGUGGGUAAUUCUCUUAUAGACAUGCAUGCCAGAUGUGGAAAUAUUAAAGUCUCACGAGCAAUAUUCAAUAGUAUGCCAGAAAAGGAUCUUGUGUCCUGGAGCACAAUGAUUUCUGCGUAUGGAAUGCAUGGGGAUGGAUCUUCUGCUAAUGCUCUAUUCUCCCAGAUGAAGCAGGAGGGUAUCAAGCCUGAUAGUGUUAUCUUUGUUAGCAUCCUGUCAGCAUGUAGUCAUGCUGGCUUGACUAAAAAAGGUAAAUUGCAUUUUGACUCUAUGUACGCUGAGUAUGGUAUUCUGCCAAAAGCUGAGCACUAUGCGUGCAUGGUUGAUCUUUUCAGUCGAGCCGGUCAUUUGGAAGAGGCCUAUAAUUUUGUUAACAGGAUGCCUUUUGAGCCUUCUGCUGGUAUGCUGGAAUCUCUUCUUGGUGCAUGUCAUGAAUAUGGCAAUGAGGAACUUGGCAAAAGGGUUUGUAGAAGGCUCUCUGAGUUGGACCCUCAAAAUUUUGGGUCGUACAUGUUACUCUCUAACAUCUAUGCAGCUAGUGGAAAGUGGUUAGAUGCUAAUAACUUACGUGUUGACAUGAAAGACAGAGGAUUGAGCAAAACACCAGGUUUUAGUUGCAUUGAGGUUUGUGGUUAG